AUGGCCUCCUCUCAGUCGUUCGCCAAACCUUUCCAGAAGAUCCUGGACCCGACUAAGAUCGGAACCUGGAAUGUCGUCCGUCGUCCACCGAUCGAAAACCACAGUGUUAUUCAGGGAAAGCCUCGGGAACAAAACUCGAAUGCCUUCAAGACACAUCAGUGGAAGGAGGGAGUGCGGUUAAGAAAGGCGCUCAAUGCCAUCACCCACGGCAAGAAUAUCUUUGUCUACCACAACAUCCGCACUAACCAGGUGGUAUACUCAUUGACAAGAUAUCUGGAGAAAAACAAUGUCCUCCGCCAACUCAUCUACCACGGCAAAAAGACUGUUCCCGCAACCCUUCGAAAAGACAUGUGGGUGCCCUACUACUCAGUGCACUUUACCGACUCCAAGAUCGGUCUGCGAGCCUACCACCUCCUCCGCGAAUUCUCCAUGCAGCGCCAGCUCGCUCCGCCCCGCGAAAUGAUCACCAUCACCGAACAAUUCCUCGCCCAGAAGCGGCCCCGCAACCCGGAAGAAGCGAAAAAAUUCGACGAGAAAUACGCCGAUAAGGUCGGCUGGCUGAUGGAGAAGAAAGACCGGGCCCGCGUAGUAAUGGAUCAAAAGGCUACCAGCGUUGCGGAUAUCGCGGCCGUGCUCUCCAUCCAGGAGGAUGAGAUCGCGAAUGGGUUUGCGGAUGGCAAGAGGGGAUAUCUGACUCCAGCUGCUCGGAGACGGAGAAGGGAGGCGAGGAAGAAGGAGCACGAGAAGUCUGCCGAGCAGGCUGAGCGUGUGGCUGCUUUCGCGCAGACCCUGAGCACACCGGAGGUCGACUACUCGAUCCAGGACCCUAAUGAGGAUGCGGAGCUCCUGGGAGACAACGGUGUCAAGAUCCUCUGGUCUGAUAUCCACGAUGCUCGCUUUGCGGAGAGAUGGCCUGAUCGUGUCUGGCAUGGCGAGUUGGAUCUGAGCCGCGACCAUGUUAUGCCCGAUGAGAAGCACAUCCCUGGCAAGAAGGAUGUGCUGACGAGCGGUCAAUUCAAAGAGAAGCAGGCUUAG